AUGUCUUUUAGCUUAUAUUCUUUGAAUAUAACGAAAGAUACUCUUAUACAAAUUUUUGAUAAAAAACAUAAAAAGGUUGAGGUUUUUCAAGCGGAUUCAAGAGUUCUCAGCAGUAGAGCUUUAUCGGAUAAGUGGAGAAAGAAUAAUGACAUUAUAUAUAACCUAGAAUUAGAAAUGUCCUGUGAUGUUUUAAAAGAAAUAUUGGAAGGAAUUUGUAAUGGAUCAAUUAUUUUAAGCAAUAUAGACCCAACGUUUCCUAUAGAUUUAUUAGAUUUUCUUUUCCUUCACGACUUUAUGGAUCUUUUAAAAUUUAAAUUAUUAGAAGGAGGUAAAGAGUAUUUGAGCAAUAAUGAAUUUAUUUAUGCACUAAAGGCUUCUCAUAAACUUCCAUACCUCCGUGAACUCUACUUAGUUUGCCAAGAUAUGGUGGCAGAAAAUCCAAAGAUCUUAUUUGAUUCACCAGAAUUUUCUUCGAUUAAUGAGGAAUUAUUACUUAAUAUAUUAAAAUUGGAUAUGAUUUGUGCACAUGAAUUAAUAGUCUUUAACAAAUUGAUUAAGUGGGGAAUUGCAAACACGCCAAAUUAUUCUACUAUAACUUAUAAUACAUCUUGA